CGCAUUAGUGCUGCGCGAGAGUUCACGGUGAUGUGUUAGGUUAAGUGGUACGAAAGUAACAUCCGAACUUAUAAUCCGAAAUGUUUUAUUAGAAAGUUUAUAAUUUAUCGUACUUAUCGCGAAAUUGAGUUACGAGAUACACGCUAUUUUGCCUAAACGUCUUGUUAACGACUAGCUUACAAACAUGGACGACAAACUUCGGCAAAUGGAGGAUGAAAUGAACAGAUUUGAAGCUGAAAUAGGAGGGCAGCUUGUAACACCAAUUGUACGACCAGUGAUUGGUGCGAAUACAUAUAGUCAAGUCGCUAGGCAAUUAGAGCAACAUGAACUUCCAACACCGGUGGUUGCAGCUGCUGCUGCAGCGACAUUGGCAUUUCCUCCGAUGAUUGGAUUUCCUCCACCACCACCACCCCCACCUCCUCCACCGCCUCCACCAAUGUUAAUUCCUCAACAAGUAGCUCGACAAGGUACAGUUCCCAUUACAACAUAUUCCUCACCUGCGCAAAUAAGUAAUCCAUAUAUAUCGAAUAUGGUUGAUCCGUGUCUAAGUGCAACACCAAAAACAUAUGAUUCUACAUCAACACCUAUGAUCCAUCCUGAAAUCAUUGAGCAGAUCAUUAAUACAAAAAUACCUGAAGAUGAAGGUAAAAAGAAACCAAAAGUAAAGGGCGUCAGCACAGCUGCUGAAUUAGCUAUUAGCCAAGGCAAAGCAAGUUCUAUUAUGGCCAAUGCUAGUGCAGAAGAGAGUCAUCCCAAGGGUAAGGGUAAAAAGAAUAAGAAGAUUAUAAGAACAGCAGGGGGCCAAACAUGGGAAGAUCCUUCUUUGAUGGAAUUUGAUGAAGAUGAUUUCAGAAUAUUUUGUGGAGAUCUAGGAAACGAUGUCACUGAUGAAAUGCUGGUGAGAGUAUUUGGAAAAUAUCCUAGUUUUCAAAAGGCAAAAGUAAUUAGGGAUAAACGGACGAAUAAAACCAAAGGUUUUGGAUUUGUGUCUUUUAAGGAUCCGCAAGAUUUCAUCAAGGCAAUGAAAGAAAUGAACGGACGAUACGUAGGAUCGCGUCCGAUUAAACUUCGAAAGAGCACCUGGAAACAGAGGAAUCUGGAAACCGUACGAAAAAAAGAGAAGGAGAAGCAAGCGUUAAUCGGUCUGCUUACUGGCCGAUGAAAGAGAGAGAGAGAGUAAGAGACGAGAUAAAGUUCUCAUUAUAUUACAUUGUUCAACGACAAGAUUAUCAAUUUGAUCGCCAAUCGUAUCAAUUCGACUCUUGAUUGCACACAAGAACAAAUACGAAAGUCGUGAAUACGAUUACGAGGAUAAUAUUCACGAGUUUCAUCAUCAGCCACAUUUCACAGAAGAAUCGUUACAGGGUAUUUUCUUCUACAAGAUAGACGAUUUACAAUGAAGAAGAAGAACAUACCGAUACCAGAUAUCGAAUUUUUUUCCUAUACAUACACAUUGUAUGCACAUUAUGCCGAUAAAGGACAAUCGACAGAUCGAUUAGGACGACAAAGAUCGAGAUUUAGGCUAAUUUAGGGCGUGUGAAGCAGCAUA